AGGAUCAAUAUCCUUUCUGCAAACUACGGUCGUUUGACUGGAGCUCAAGUCUGUGGCUGGGGAGCAAUAAAGACCACUACCUGCAAAGCUAAUGGAGCACUUGCCAAAGUUCAAGGUCACUGUCAGGGACGUUCACAGUGCACAUUACGGGCAACCAACAGCGAGUUUGGUGGUCCUUGCCCUGGAACUUACAAAUAUCUAGAGGUAACAAUUUUUGUCAGCCUAGCUUUUAUUUAGCCUGGUUCCAAAGGGAUUGCUUUUUUUCUUUCUCAUUGUCAAGUUCGUCACAGAAGAAGAAUAGAAGAAACGUAGCCUCAUGAGUAACUUUUUUUUUUUUUUUAAGAGAAAGGGGACGAGAGGGACGAAAGGGGGAAAAAGAGGACGUAUAGAGAAACCCCUGACACGAAACCCAAAGGGGGUCCAUCUUCCCGUCGCAUUCACCUUGUAUUUGCAGUUUCCGCCUCCCUUUUUUCUUGUCUUUCCCGGCCACUUCAGCCCUUUUUCUAUUGUCAAUUAUUAUUAAAGCGAUGUUGCCUAAUUUUAUCCAAUUUCUUCCCCUUUUCUCCCUUUGACAAUCCCCACCUCCCGGGUACCCUUCCUUUUCCCGUCCCCCGUAUCCCUCCACUGUAUUCUCCUCGGGCUCCCCGCCCCCAUUCGUCCUCCCCUACAUCAGUGUGGAACAGAAAAUUGAAAAAAUAGAAAUGACAUGGGUAAAUAUCUACAUCGGACAACUGAUUUCUCUAGCUGUACAUGUGACUAUCCUUUCUCGAUUUUGAUCCCUUUUGGACUGUUGGAAUGGGUACUGUUAAUAGCUUGAUGGCAGCAAGCCUUGUUUUCUUGGGUUGACGACACUAACUCAUGUCCGCUGAAUUCAACAGGUUCGCUACGUAUGUGAGUGAGAACGCCAAGACUCUGGUUCAACUAAAACUGUGGCGUGAGCCGUUAGUAGGGAUCGAAAAAUACAAUCUUCAUUUGUAGAUGUGCAAAGAAAGCGCCACUUGACAAUUUAGACGAUUUAGCUCACGUAGUUUGCUUGGAAAGAAAAUCAUUAAACUUCUUUUUGAACGAGAAUGUUGUAUAUCGAUAUUUUUCAUCCCUUUUUUCACUCUUAUAGCAUGUCGCCAUGUUGUUUUAGACCUCCUUUGCUUCGCGCUUCCCUUCGCUCGAAUGAAAAACGCGAAAAAAUAACUCCGGUUAGUAAAAUCCAACAAGUGGUUUUUAUUAUCAAAGCUGCGUUCUAAUUGGUUGAGCUACUACUAGGCUAUAUGUUAUAGCCCACUAGUAGCGAAAAGCGCCGGCUUUGAGAACCAAAACAAUGGCAGCUGAAUAACGUUUUGCUAGCUAAAGUUUAUUUGUCUCGAUAUUUUUGACCAACUAGUUGGAUUUUACUAAAACAAUCAUUGCUCUCGCCCACAUGGCUCUGAAUCAAUAGCCAAUGAGGCCUUUCGGCCUCAUGGUUUUGACUCAGAGCCCGUUCGCUCGAGGAAUAAUUGUUAUUUAUACAGGCUAUGAUUUUUGCUUUCCUCGCCUGCGUGUCCCGCUGAGAAAAAAAAGGGAAAGUAGAGAACAAUCUUGCCAGCUUAAGGGAGAUGGAUAACUUUUAAAUUAUCCUGGUCAAAUUUCAGCACUUUUUGCCACAAACAACGUACCAGCUUUGUUCACUAAAUAAAAACGUUUUGAACUGAAUGGCGGUUUUAAACUGUUUUAAAGUGAAAUACUGUUACUUUUAGGCCUAGGGCCAGACGUCGAACUUUUCACGAGACGAACCAAGCUUAGUACGUUAAGUUCAUGAAAAGUUCCACGUCUGCCAGGCUCGGUUGAGUUUGUCCCAUUAAGAGUUUGGAUCCUCCAACACAUUCUAUCCGUCUGGUUCGACCCGUCCUAAGUUUGACGUCUGACCAGACAAACGAUCUUAACUUAAUUUAGGUCGACUCAAAAAAAUUAGAGUUUGGUUCGUCUCAUGAAAAGUUCGACGUUUGGUCCAGUCCUUAGAGUCAACAAAUUUGGCUACGUUUACAUUCACUAGAUAAAAUUAAGGAGAUUUUACCUGAUUCAUUAAUUUUUUCGGUUUCACACAAAAUACGAAUCCGAGAAUACGUCCAUAUCUACUAAAGAUUCCUCACUCACAUUACCAGGCAUUCCGCUGGACUAUCCGGUAUUUGUCUGGUUAUUAUUCACUUCACAGUUUAAUUUUUAACAACCCCCCAAAUCCAAUAUUUUCCAAUUUUCCAAAAUUUUAAAUAACACCCAUUAAUUUUUAUACUUCAAACUCGAAAUAUCAUCUAAAAACUAUUAAUCCAAGAACUGAAAACUAAUUGGCAAUGAAUCAUUUUUCGACUGAAUGAAAUAUUGGCUGAUAUCUAAGAAAAAGGGCGGAAAUAUGCGAAAAGCAAUGCUUUAAACCAGUGCUUAAAGGGUCUUACUAGAAGUUGUCUGUCGUGUUAUCGUCACUACACUCUAUGUACUCUUGUCUUCAUUGAACUUACAAUUUCUCGUCCCAUCUGUGAAAACGCUUGUCACCUAACGCUCUCCCCAAGGUUGAUUCACAUAUUACCCAUUUCCAAAGGUAGCUCAAAAGCUCUUCUCGCUUACUAACGAGAAGAAAAGCUUAUUCAGUGGAAAAAUAAGAAAAAGGGAAGCUUAAAAAAAAUAGAGCUGCGAUUAUGGCUCGCACUGAUGUUUAGUACUUCUGGUUAAACACAGAUUUAGAACGCCGGGUUAGCUUUCAUUACUACAAACUCCAAAGAGAAGCUAAGAGAGAAAAUAGUGCAGCGAUUAUGGUUUGUACUGAUGUAUAGCGAUUACGGUUAAGCACUGAUUUCAGAUUUAGAAUGGUUAGCUCCGUUAAUAAAGAAGAGCCGCCUUCUUUAGUCCAACAAGGCUUUUGAGAGGUGAUCAAAGAACUGGUUAAUACUGUAGAUACUAUUAUUUAAUGUAGCAGUUGAAAAUUUUCAUGAUCGCUUACCCAGUUUUAUUUACCUAACUUAUAACAAGAAGUUGGCUUAAGAAAAUAUGGACUAGUCUUUCGCCCCCUAGUAUUUUAUCUUUAGUUUAAUAAUCGUGUGGCUUUUACGAGGAAAUCUACGGUCAGUUUGUAAACAAAUUGUGCUUUUUGCUUCGAAGAAUAAACAUUCGCUCUUUUUUCAGGAACGCUUAUGCGUACAUGUUUACUUGUAGCCACGGCUUGGCUUAUGCUAAAUACACCUUUUCAAAUAUAGGAAGCUCCAACUUACAAUUCUAGUGCGAUAAAAAAAAGAUUGCAUCUGCGAAGAUUUUUCCCGUAAUCACAAAGUACAAUUGCACGCUGUGAAGGUGUUCUCUAUCGUUUAAGAAUAAAAGCCCAAUUAAAUUCGUACUUUUAUAUGAUAUGCAAUCCGUUAGGAACAAUUUAAAAAGAUACACUGCUACUGAUCAAUACAUGUCAAUUCACUAACGCAUUUGCAAAAAAAAAAGGAAGAACCAGUUCAGCGCACUUGUAUGUGAAUAGUUAGUGAUCGAUACCCUGCAUGAACUGAGAAAAAAGUUUCGCCGCCAGUGUUUCUGUUCCACGUGAAUUCGACCUAAGGCGCCUACACCCGUCCCAGUGGCCUACCAAUAGGAUCAAGAAUAAUUUUUUAAUGGCUUUAUAUCAACACUGAUAUGUCUUGAAUUUUAUUGUAGAUCAUAAGUGUUUCAAAUUGUAGCUUAGGUGGUAACUGUACCUUUUUUAACUUAAAUCUUAUUUUUAAGCGUAUUUAUACCUCUAUUUUUUAAUCCAUUUUUAUAUUUUAAUCCAUUUUAAAUUUUAUAUGUAAUACACAAUUCAGCCAUACACGGCUGCGACGUAUUUUAAUAAAGUGUCUAUCUAUCUAUCAAUCAAGUUCAAGUUCUUUCAGUUCUCACACGACAUUGUCUAGCUUGAGUUGUUUGCUUUUCUGCUUGCUUGAACACUGUGAGUGUUUAAUCUCACGCAAUGAUACGCUCAUUUUACUUCAAACGCCAGUAAUUAUCGUAUUUACCUUGAGUUAAAUAAUUAUGUUUGAACUUCCUGCGCGCAUGAACAGUGCUUGAUCGCACACGAUGGUCUUAUUAUAACCCUUAGACGUACACCCAAACUCGCACCUCCACCGCGGUACCAAUAGCGGGCUGGCUCGGAACCCCCCACCUCUAGCGUCUUUCUCUUAUUCUAUUUUAUAUGCGUUUACUUUUUUUUUUUGAAAGAUUCACCUUUAAUAGAUAUAGGCUGUGAUAUCGUUAACAAGAAUAUGUUAAUAUUACGGGAUACAUACGUACGUAAGUAGCGCUACUGGGGGCCGGUAACGUCAUUUAGAUUUUAAGCUUGGCUACGAAAUACUGCUUCGAAAUACUAAGAUGAAAAGAAAAAAAAAAUGGAAAAUAAAAUAAAAUAAAACCUAAAAUUGUGGUUAAAUAAUGUUCCAAACAGGCCGUCUAUCGACCGACGCUAUAUCUGUUAUAUGUGGUUUUCACUCAUUCCGUGCGAAAGCGUUUUUAAAACUAACGGUUUAAGAAAUUCCUUUUUUUUUUUCAAACAGUAGGCAAUAAGAAGUGUUUAUAUAGAGCAGCCGCCUUCUUCUCCAGUUUAACAAGGCUUUUAAUUUCAGAAAAAUAGGGAGUCUUUAUUUAAUUUUAUAGAUGAAAAUCUACGUGGUAGCUAAUCUGGGUAUACCUUAAUUCGAAUCAAGCUGUUGGUUGAUAACAGUUACAUAACUAUUAACGAUUUUACUUUUUCAACUAUGAUCAAACCAUCGUUUGGUUUGGGUCUUAUUACCCUUCUCCCUAGUUUUAGGAGGCGUACGUGGGUACCUCAGGUAAUUAACUACGGCCCUGCUUACAAAAUGCACAUACAACUGUUAAUUAAAGUUCAUCUCAGUUAUUCCAAAGCGAUAAAGAAAGUUUGGUCCCACGAAGAUUUCCCUCAAAUAUAAUCACAAGGUACAAUUAAACGUUAAAGUAUUCUCUACCGCUUAAUAACAAGAUUCCGAGGAAUUUCGCACCAUUGUAUGUUACUUUCCAGUUUAUAAAAACGGUACGAAGCAAAUAAAAACUAAAACUUGAACUGCUUCUGAAUACGUGAUAAUGCGCUAAGAUUGGCAAAAAUAAAAACAGUUCUCACAUAACUUUGUCUAGCUUGAGUUGUUUGCCUUUCUGCCUGCUUGAACAGACGAGUCGCGGAUGAUCCUGUCAUUUCACUGCAAACACCAGUAACCAUUUUGUUUUAUUCUCUGCUCUUUUUCCCAUUUAACAAACUUCCAGUGUGAGAGAUAUUUAAACAGCAGUGCCCAUCCUGAAGUACCAGGAAUCAGAUACGACGUGCGCACGUGCGUACAGCUUCCCACGCCCUUGAUCACGAAAUCUUUAUAAGACAUGUGACUCAUAGAUAAGACACCAUUCUGUUCGUGGACGGAAUUCCAUCAACACUAUUUCAGUGAGUUGCCUCAUUCCAACCAGGUAACUGCUUUUUUAAUACUAAAAGCUAAACUCACCCUUUUGAUAUAGCAAAGGGAGGCACAUUACCAAGUCCUUAAUAAUUUUGUGGUACCCUCUUUUAGUUAAUAAUGACAUUUUGCGUUUCUUUUAUCUAGACCUGAUCUUCGAGAUUUAAUCAUGAGGACCGCUUUCGUUUUCCUAACACUUCUCAUGCUAGUCGUAGCAUCAGUAACGGCAACCUACAGAUUAGUUAGUUAUCAUUAAUUAUCGUAUCAUUAAUGUUGUGGGUAGCAUGGGAGGAUUCAAAAAACGACUAAAUCAUCAUUAUCUUGGGAGGUUCUCAAAAAAGUCAACGAAGAAAAGGAAGACUCUUUCAGACGGAGCGAACAAUGAUCGUUGACAAAUCAUCGCCUACAGCUCCUUGCUCUGCAAGUGGCAUUUAUCACUACAAUCGCAAAAACCCCAAUGUCAAUUACUUUACUGGCGUAGAAAAACGGUUUUAAAGAUGGAUACCAAAGGCAUUUGUACAUGGUAUAACGAGUCUCACAAGUCUUUAAAGAAUACCCUAAGCGAUUCACAAGCCUUUCUUACACAAACCGUCAGUAAUGAAUCUUAAAAGUAUCUCAAAUAAGCCUUCUGUAGCAAGCCUUGUGUAAAGACUCGUACACAAGCCUUCUGUAAGCCUUCUUCGGCGUUUUGUAAGACUCUUACACAAGCCUUCUGUAAGAUACUUACACAAGCCUUCUGUAAGUAUCUAACACAAGCCUUCUGUAAGGACUCUUACACAAGCCUUCUGUAAGUAUCUCAGCUACACAAGCCUUCUGUAAGGACUCUUACACAAGCCUUGUGUAAGCACCCUUACACAAGACUUUUGUAAGGACUCUUCAUACAAGUGUUAGAUACUUACACAAGCCUUGUAUAAAGAGUCUUACACAAGCCUUCUGUAAGUAUCUUAGGAAAGCCUUCUGUAAGUCAUACACAAAAGACAACAAAAACUUUUUACAUAAUUUUUAAGUGUUAACGAAGGCGUUCGUAAGAAGGACUUUUAGUAAUGAGCUAUUUCAAUUAAAUUGCGUUAUUUAGUGACACAGCAACUAAAAUAGGGUAAUUUUGGUGCAGUGAAAUAUAUAAGGUGUUGUACAUUAUAUUCUGUUACUGUUUUUAUAUAAGGUUCUGUGCCCAGCUGCUAAGAUUGAUCCCAGGUAUGAUGAAUUCGCGUUCUCUUUCAAGAAAAAAAAAAAAAAAAGGAAAAAUUUAAACUCUUUGAGAGGUGAAUCGCGCAGCUAGCAAAGGCAAAAUAUCCUUUAAUAUAUAACACACUCACCCGGGAAGGGCUGAGGCCCAUAUAAGUAUGAGUGAACUCUCGUGAACUACUGGUUUUUCUUGUCCUUUACAGAGUGACUCUACUACAGCAAAAAAGGGAACCAUGUUGCGGAUAUUGGUUUUGUUUCUCAUUCCAGGCUUAUUUGGUGAUGCGGGUAAAUAAUUUUCCUACAUUUUAUUUAAGAUAAUAAGGUGGGGUAGGAGGUGGGGGAGGUGGUCAAAUUUCUCUACAUAAAUGAAAAUGGGACCAUAAACAUAAACUUGAGAUAACUGAACGACUCCGAUUUUCAUCCAGAUGGACAUUUUCAACGACUUUGACAAGGUGGGAAUCUGUCAAUAGACCAGUGAAAAGUCACAGACAUUAAGGGUGCGUUUUAUGGACGACAACGGAAGGGCGUGUGUAUUCAGACAAUCUCUUGCUAAUAUUAUGCAAUCGAGAAAACGAAAGCUAUUUUUCUUAAUUGUUCUGCUGCAGACAAUGCUCUGCUCAUGCGCGAUAAGGUACAGUGUGAACCAAGCCUCGUUUGUCUAGUAUAUCAGCGGUUAUUUGAUAAAUCGCAAUAUUUUGCUCUCCCUCGUCCAUAAAUUGUUUAUUAUACAUAUUUCAGGUGCAGCUUGUCCGAGAGAGAUGCAGCUGCAAUUCUGUGAAGGCGAUUCACAUACACUCUCUUGCGCUCAUCAUAGCAAGAAGAUCAAUAUCCUUUCUGCAAACUACGGUCGUUUGACUGGAGCUCAAGUCUGUGGCUGGGGAGCAAUAAAGACCACUACCUGCAAAGCUAAUGGAGCACUUGCCAAAGUUCAAGGUCACUGUCAGGGACGUUCACAGUGCACAUUACGGGCAACCAACAGCGAGUUUGGUGGUCCUUGCCCUGGAACUUACAAAUAUCUAGAGGUAACAACUUUUGUCAGCCUAGCUUUUAUUUAGCCUGGUUCCAAAGGGAUUGCUUUUUUUCCUUUUCAUUGUCAAGUUCAUCACAGAAGAAGAAUAGAAGGAGUCGAAGCCUCAUGAGUAAAAGGGGAAAAAGGGGACGUAUAGAGAAACCCCAGGCACAAAACCGAAAGAGGGUCCAUCUUCCCGCCGCAUUUGCCUUGUAUUUGCAGUUUCCGCCUCCUUUUUUUCUUGACUUUCCUGGCCACUUCAGCCCUUUUUCUAUUGUGAAGUAUUAAGCGAUGUUGCCUAAUUUCCUCCAAUUUCUUCCCCUUCUCUCCCUUUGAGAAUCCCCACCUCCCUGGUACCCUUCCUUUUCCCGCCUCCCGCACCCCUCCCCUGUAUUCUCGCUGAUUUCUAUCAGUUGUACAUGUUACUGGUUAUUGAAUAUGCCGUCCUUUCUCGAUUUUAAUCCCUUUUGGACUGUUGGAAUGGAUACCGUUAAAAGCUUGAUGGCAGCAAGCCUUGAUUUCUUGUGUUGAUGACACUUACUUAUGUCCGCUGAAUUCAACAGGUUCGCUACGUAUGUGAGUGAGAACGCCAAGACUCUGGUUCAGCUAAAAAUGUGGCGUGAGCCGUCAGUGGGGAUCGAAAAAGACAACCUUCAUUUAUAGCUGUGCAAAGAAAGCGCCAC